CUGAAUCCCAUGCGAGUUUUUCGGUCGCAUUGACAAACAAGCGUUAAUCUGCCCUCUGGCAGAGCAAAGAAGUAAAUUCUACACCGCGAUUCACGUUUGAAGUGAAAAGCGAAGCCUGACCUUUAACGUGCGAUCGCAAAAGUCUGAGGAAGCGAAAGAUGUCGUUGAGCGAAGUAAUGCUGAAAACUCUCAUUCCAAGUAACUUCUUGGAUUCGGAUGAUGAGGAGAUAAAGUCGUUAACUUGCCCUCAAGAGACAGACGAUUUGCAAAGGAGCGAAUUUCAUAUGUUCAAUGACUACUUUGGUUUGAGCAACUUGGUUCAAAGAGUGAGACAAGCGAACAAUCACGAUUUUGACUAUUUAACGAGUGAAAAUUUUGGAGUCAGCAAAUUGGCGCCACGACGUGACCGAUUUGACAGCAUCGAUUCGGAAAAUUCAUCGUCAGGUAGCUGUGAUUCUUUUACGGAUCACUUUGGAGAUGGGCCUUUCCAGCCUUUCAACUCAUCAUCGCUCUUGCAUAGUGCAACUUCUAAACGGAAAGAAGCCGUUUUGCCGCCAAGCCGAAGGAUUAAGCCGUCCACCAGAGUUCCCGCUCCUAUCCCAAAUCGACAGAAUGUGUGCGUGUUUUGCAGAAACAACGGAGAGAGCGAGGAGGUCUACUCUUCUCAUCAGUUAAAGGGUCCAGACGGAAAGACGACAUGUCCUAUUUUGAGAGCAUAUACCUGUCCAAUUUGCAAAGCAAGCGGCGAUGAGUCGCACACCAUCAAGUACUGUCCGCAGAACCAGCAAGCGCAAGCCAAUGGCGGUCAACUGCCCAAGGUGCCCAGGAAUCGUGUUCUCCCCAAAAGGAGUCGCUAAACUUUUCCUUCAGAUUCUAAAGUAAGACUAAGAGUGAAAUCAUUAUGUAAAGAUUUUUUUCAAGGGAAAUUUAGAGUUUAUAUGCCGAUUUUAAAUUUAUAUUCGGGUUGUUGUGUUAUUUGUUUACAAUAUGGUCGCUUACUAUUUCCAAGACAGCGUGAACUGCGUAAAGAUCGCGGCGAACUAAAUUAUUAUUCCGUUUAUAUAAUAAAACCCACAAUUGACGGUGCAGAUUGCUGCCAUUCGUAUCAUUAAGGCUCUUUUCAUCUAAGGUGUGUUCGUAUUGAUGAUAUUCAUUUUCUUUCGCUUUCGACUCCUCCAAAUUCUUUGCGAAUAAGGCUUCCCAUGUUGCGUUAAGUAUUAUGAAGCGAUCUGCAUUUAGGAAGAAAUUUUCAUGGAGAUCACUGUUAAAUUUUAGUAUUUACUUCCCCUAGAGGAUGUUGUGUAAAUGUUGCGGAAAUCACAGUAUUUCCCUUUAAAGAGGUUCAACUUUCUUAGUUAGAGGUUAACUUAUCGAAUAUGUAUCUAUGUAAAAUUUUCGAAUUGUAGCAGAACCCAAUAUUGAAUUUUCACCCUGUAAGUGUAAAGUAUUUUAAUAAGAAAGUGUUGAUUAUGAAUUUGGCUCAGAAAUGGAGAGAUUAUGAUUAAUAAUGGCUUUUAUAAUUCCCAAUUCUCUAAGGGAGGUUUUUCAAUAAUUCGAUAUUUACGAUGUAGAAAUUUACUACUUUGAAAGUAGGUUUAAUACUACCCUGUUGUAGAGGUGGAUUUUUGAAUGAAUUUUAUUCUAAUUUUAACAGCUGUGUUCUAAAUAAUGGCUGCAAAUGAUGAAAUGAAAAAAAUCAAGGUUUACGAAAUGUUUUUUAAUAUUAAAACCGACAUUCGUUAUUCUAACAUUAGAAAGUUUUGAGUACGAUUUGUAUUUAUAUAUAUUAAACGUAAUUCUAAUAUCAGAGGAGAAAUUUUGUAUGGCUUAUUGAAAGGAGAAGGAAGAUAAAAACCUCGUUUUGCAAUUUCUA